AUGCAGUUACCACCUGUCCGAGGACAUCAAGUAUUCCAACAACCAGAGCACAUGAAACCUGCUACACAUUUAUGGCGGCUAUUCCGCCUGGUUAAACUCAAACAAAAUAUGCGCCAACAAGGAGACACAACGUUUAUAGAUGUGCUUAACGCCCUAAGAGUUGGAGAAUUAACAUCUAAGCAUAUGGAAGUUCUUUUAAGUAAAGUGUCAACAGAUGCUACUGAUGAAUUUUCGAUCGAGAGAGCUUUGAGAAUAUAUCCAACAAAUGACCAAGUUGCUAGACACAACGAAAAAGUUCUCCAGAGUUUUGAGGAUAAAGGGACUACGAUUUAUACAAUUAAUGCACAAGACCAACUCAUCGAUGCUACACGAAAUUUAGGUAAUACAAGUUUAGACUCUGUUAUACCUAAUGAUAUCAAUAAAACAGGAGGUCUUCCUAAAGUAUUGAAAAUAUUUGUAGGAGCUAAAGUGAUGUUAAGGUCGAACAUUGAUGUGUCAAAGGGUUUAGUGAAUGGCAACAUGGGCUUCAUUACCGAAAUUAUAUAG